AUGGUAAUGUCGUUAAAGUUAUCAUCAAGAAAUGAGGGAUGUUGUCGAUUGUUCGAUGGAUGCCCGAGACAGUACAGAUUACUUUUGCAAAUGGUCGAUUCAUUAGAGUUCGACGAGAAGCCAAAUUAUGCAGAAAUACAAAGAAUAUUUGCCGAUAUUCGUAAAGAGAAAAAUAUUCGUAUGCAUGAUCGUCUCGACUGGGAUCAGGGAAGUACAUCGGUGACGCUGAGCACAACGUUGAGUGCCUCGGCGUGUAGUGAUCUUUAUCAUUAUGCUAUCAAAGAAUGA